AUGCGAAUGCGAACGAAAUGCAAGAUGCAGUCAGCCUCCGCUUUCGUCUUCACGCAGCCCCAGAAGGGCCCCAAAGGCGGUAUCCAGGCGAAAUUAAGCUUGACAAUGGUGCGAUUCCGCUCCCAAGGUGGUAUGACUGCAUUCAAGACCUUGUACGGGAGCAUUCAAACAAACGCUCUCGAGGGCGCCCACCCCAUGAGGGCUCUCGAGAUGAAAAAGGAAGGCCGCGAGGACAACUCCUAUGGUUUCUUAGAUAGUUAG